AUGGGUAACCGUAUUAUAACAUUACUCAUGAUCCUGAUGGUGGCUCCUUUGCCCUUAGCUUCCAUAAGGAAUCAUAACUACAGGCACAGCUGCAGACCCAUACAAGCCGGAUUAUUCCCUUUCUGGAACAAAUCUUCAAAAUCACAAAAAAAGAAUUCAUUGGAAGAUUUGAAAUUGAACAAGGACAAUAAUUUUUUCCCAAAUGAUGAAGAUCCGAAAAAAGGUCCUUCGGGGGCAGAUGUAAUACAUUCUGGGCUUACUCCAAAUUUGAGUAUUGUCACGGGCGAUCCAAGUACUGAUCCAACAACACUAUAUCUAAGCCUGGAACAGAUGAAUGCCCUGGGUCUAACCAGCGGGGACAUAGUAAGGGUUAAGGGGCGCCGUCGCCGAGAUACAAUAGCCGGGGUUAAGUCAUCUGAGAAUGUUGAUAGAUAUAAGGCAUUUGUAUCAAAGGAUAUGCGCCGCAAUUUACGGCUUAGAAAUUCCGACGUCAUUGGAAUUGAGCCUUUAACAGGCAUACCCAUGGCUUCCCGCAUAACAAUCCUCCCCUUUUCUGAUGACUUAAAGCGUUGCGGUAUGGAUUUGUCAAUAAUUGCGGGGCACAUUAAUCAAUCUUUAUUUGAUUUCUUUUCUCUCCCGAGACCACUGCGUCUGGGCGAUCACUUCCAUAUUCAUUUGCCUAAUGGCCAGGAAAUUGAAUUUAAAGUAUUAAGAAUAGAGUCUAGCCAGGGGGAUUCUGAGGCUGCAAUUGUAUCUCCAGAUACCAUAUUUAAUUUACGGGGCAAGCCACUGGAUAGAGAGAAAGAUGAUGAUUCGUUUGGUGAAAUUGGCUAUGACGAUAUUGGCGGCAUGAAGAGGCAGCUCAGUAAAAUUAGGGAAUUGAUUGAAUUGCCUUUGCAUCAUCCAGAGGUAUUCCAAGCAGUGGGAAUUUCACCGCCAAAGGGUAUUUUAUUACAUGGAUUACCGGGAACAGGAAAAACUCUGAUUGCAAAGGCUAUUGCAGCGGAAACAGGUGCCAAUUUUUAUGUGAUAAAUGGGCCUGAGAUUGUGUCAAAGCAUUUUGGAGAUUCUGAGAGCAAUUUGAGGAAAAUUUUUGAAACGGCUGAAAAGAACGCUCCAUCAAUAAUAUUCAUAGAUGAAAUAGACAGCAUUGGAACCAAACGUGAUAAGCUUGGAUCAGAAGCUGAGCGUAGGAUUGUAUCUCAACUACUAACUUGUAUGGAUGGACUAUACUCUAAAAAAGUAUCGAAUGUGCUAGUUUUAGCAGCUACAAACCGCGCAAAUGCUCUAGAUUCUGCACUACGCAGAUUUGGCAGAUUUGAUCGCGAAAUAGAAAUAACCGCAUGUGACGAAGAUGAAAGGUUCGAAAUAUUGCUUAUAAAAACCCGUGAUAUGAAAUUAUCUCCCGAUGUUGACCUUAGGCAGAUUGCCAAAGCAUGCCAUGGUUACGUAGGAGCUGAUAUUUCUCAGCUAUGUUUUGAGGCUGCAAUGGAGUGUAUUAGACAGCACUUUGGCAAAACAGACAUAUUAUUCUUUCAUGAUGACAAAAUACCCCCUGAAAUAUUAAAUAAAAUACAAAUAACCAAAGAACAUUUUGAUCGCGCUCUGAGCUUAUGCAAUCCAAGUUCAUUGAGGGAGAGGAGCAUUGAAGUACCGGAAACGACUUGGGAUGAUAUUGGAGGAUUGGAGGAUGUGAAACGGGAGCUGAUUGAAACUGUUCAAUACCCAGUUGAGCACCCAGAAAAGUUCAAAAAAUUCGGCCAAUCGGCCAGCAAGGGCGUACUAUUUUACGGCCCACCCGGGUGUGGCAAGACACUGCUAGCUCGGGCUAUCGCACAUGAAUGUAAAGCAAAUUUUAUUUCAGUAAAGGGCCCUGAAUUGCUGACUAUGUGGUUUGGAGAAUCGGAAGCUAACGUACGAGAAUUGUUCGACAAAGCAAGGGCAGCUGCGCCUUGUAUAUUAUUUUUUGACGAAAUGGACUCUAUUGCGAAGGAGAGGGGUACUUCACAUGGCGGCGGUGAAGCUGCAGAUAGGGUUAUUAAUCAGAUCCUAACUGAGAUAGAUGGCGUUUCAUCUUCAAAACCAAUUUUUAUAAUUGGCGCUACAAAUAGGCCAGACAUUUUAGAUCCUGCAAUUACUAGACCUGGAAGAUUGGACCAACUAAUUUACAUACCAUUGCCAGAUAGGGAUAGCAGGGAGAGUAUAUUUAAAGCGUGUUUACGCAAUUCUCCACUGGCCCCCGAUGUCAACAUUAAGAAGAUGGCUGAUGAUCUGGAGGGAUAUUCUGGCGCAGAUAUAUCAGAGGUUUGUAAAAGAGCAGCUAAGGAGGCAAUAAGGGAAAGUAUUGCAGCAGACACGGAGGGCAAUAUGAGCGAAGGAGAAUCCGACAAAGUUCCAUUUAUUACAAAUAAACAUUUUCAAGCAGCUUUGGCAUCUUCAAGACGAUCAAUUAGGGAGUCUGAUAUUCAGAGGUACAAGGACUUUAAAAAUCGCAUAUCAUCAUAA